UUGACCCAGCCGAAUUUCACUGGGGUCGAAGGGCCCCAAGCCGUGGCGGAGUGGAUCCGUCAGCUAGAGCAGAAUUUUGAUUUGCUGCAGUGCACCGAUGCCCAGAAGGUCGUCUGUGGCCGCUAUAUGCUGAAGGGCGAUGCCGCCCUAUGGUGGUCCGGCUAUUGGAGGUUGAGGCAGGCGGAGUUUAAUGCCCUGACUUGGGACCAUAUGAAGGAGGUGAUCAUGGAGAAGUAUUAUCCUCAGAGUUAUCGCAUGAGGAUGGAGCGCGCUUUCUGGGAUCUUACUCAGGGUACUUGUACCGUUGAGGAGUAUGAGCGGGAGUUCACCCGCAUGAGCGCCUUUGCUCCACAUAUGGUGGACACUGAUCUAAAGAAGGCCCACAAGUUCCGGGAUGGUCUGAACCAAACCCUCCGUAUACAUGUUGCUAGCCAGGGGAAUCUUUCCUUUGACGAGACCGUUAUCCAAGCCACCCAGCUUGAGAGUUACCAAACUCUCAAUGUUUCUGCCCCUUCCGCUCAGCUAGUUCAGCCCAUUUCCUCCGCACCGCCCGGCUCUAGUUCGGGCAAGAGAAAGUUUGAUUCCCACCGGGAUAACCGGAAGGGAAAGCGCGGUGGAAACGACCGUCGUGGUGACCACCCCUUCGCACGAGACCCGUUUCUGAAGUGCCGUAACUGUGGUCGUUAUCAUCCGGGAGAGUGCUGGUACACCCAGCGAGUUUGCUUCAACUGCAUGAAGACCGGUCAUUUCUUCA